AGUAGCUCAAGGUAGUCUAACUAAGCGAAUAUCAUAUCAAAACAAAUAAUUAAAAGUUCUGUUCUGAACUUGCAUUUUGGUUUUUGUUCCAUGAGUUCUAUUUCAUUUUAGAUGGUGGGUCUCUGUAUUUUUACAUGUCAUGGAAUUUUUUAGUUUAUUAAUUAUCUUUUCCUCUUUUUUCUGUUUUCUCUUCUGUGGUUCUUUGGCUGCUUUACGGCCCCGAGGUGUCUCAUUACCAAGAAAAGUGUUUUAUGAUCCGUCUCAACAUUUUCAUUGUUUGGAUGGCUCUGGAAUAUUUUCCUUUCAUUAUAUUAAUGAUGAUUUCUGUGAUUGUGAAGAUGGAUCUGAUGAGCCAGGUACAUCAGCUUGUCAAAAUGGAAUUUUCAGUUGCCUAAAUCACGGGCAUUUACCUGUAAGUCUCCCAUCAUCCAGGGUAAAUGAUGGAAUUUGUGAUUGCUGUGAUGCUAGCGAUGAAUAUAGAAGUGAUGCUGACUGUCUCAAUAACUGCAAAGAGCUUGGUGAAAAAGCAUAUGCAGCUGCAAAAGUAGUAUAUGAUGAGUUUGAAAAAGGCCAAACUCUGAGAAAUCAGUACAUAAAAUUAGGGAAGGAGAAAAAAGAAGAGUAUCAGGCUCUGUUAGAAGAAUUGUUCAAGCAAGAACAAGAAGCUUUAAAAGUUAAAAAUGAAAAGCAAGAUGAAAAAGAAAAUGCAGAGACAAGGGAGGGCUUUAUUCUAAGUAGAGAAAGAGAAUUCAGAAGAGCUCAAGAAAAGAGAAUUGCAGCUGAAAAGCGAUUACUUUUACAGCAUCAACAGCAGGAAGAAAAUGAGGGUCAAAGAGCUUUUUCUGAUCUGGAUGUUAAUGGGGAUGGCAAAUUAACUUUGGAUGAAAUCAAAUCCUUUAAACGAUUUGAUUAUGAUGGGGAUGGAGUGGUUUCUGAUAAUGAAGCUCAGUUUUACAUGCAUAAAAAAGAUGAAGUAACCCUGGAGGACUUCUUAUCAAGUGGUUGGAAAAUUAUGAAGCCUGCAUUUACAAUGGAAGAACUUGAAGCUCCAAUUCAAGAUACUUCUACUGAAAUUGAUCAGUCUAGCAUAAUUGAUGAAACCCCUCCUGAAAUCGAAACAAAAGACAAAGAAAACAUUUUAAGAGAUGCUGCUGAUGCUAGAAAACACUAUGCUGAUGCAGACAAGUUAUUCAGAGAUAUUCAAGCAGAAAUUUGGCACCUUAAAAGAAAACUGCAAUCUGAUUUUGGUGAAAGUGAUGAGUUCCUAUUUUUAGAAAAUCGAUGCUAUGAGUUCUCUGAAAAGCGUUACAUUUACAAAUUCUGUCCAUUUGACAAGACAACUCAAAUAGUGAAAGUCAGCAAAGACGAAACAUUAAUUGGGUUGUGGGAUAAAUGGAGUGGUCCAGAUGAAGAUGUCUACCAACAAAUGAAAUAUUCUCGAGGUGCAUCUUGCUGGAACGGUCCCAAUCGUUCAGCAGAGGUCGUUCUAAAGUGUGGCAUUGAGAAUAAAAUAACUUCUGUUAUCGAAAAUUCUCCCUGCACAUAUACCUUUGAAUUUAUGACUCCUGCCUCUUGUAAAGAACUUUCCCCAGAAAUAAAAAAUAUUCUUAAGAAUGAUAUAUCUUUUCUAUAGAGUUUCUGUAUAUAGAGAGUGAUAGGUAUAGGGCAAAAUUAAGGGUAGCCACUAACCACAAGGCGACUAAAUGUGUCAAAUGGUGUUUAAAAAAUUGUCUGCCAGUUGCCACCCAUUCACUACUUUUUUUGUCGAAAUGCACCUCAUGCACUCAAUGCAUUUUAUUAUUUUUUUUAAAAAUAAACGUAGAAUUAUUAUAAAUAUUUUAUAAAAUUCUGAGAAUUACUUUAUUUCACACUUAUUUCUUAAAACUUUUCUUCAUUUUGGAAAUGAAACUCGUAAUGUUUACCUUAUUUGGAAAAAUGUUUCAAAAGAAAUUCCUUACGUUAUUAAUAUCAACUUUUUUUUUAAUCAUUAAACUGUUUAAGGAAGUAGCCACUGUUAAAAAUGCUACAGAUGGCCAGUAGCAAAAUACCCUUAUUUUGCCCAUAUAUUAUUAGUUUAUUAUAAAUAAAACGUUGUAAUAUCUAAUUAUAUUUAAAAAUGAGCAAUUUAUUGGUGAAAUUAAAAUUGUAAUGUCCUGAAAUGA